ACUAUCGGUACUUUUGCAGCUCUAGUGCAAUAGUAGUAGCGCACGUUUUGUAUUAUUUACGUUUUGUUUAAAAAGUUUUGGAGCAAAAUGGGAGCAUUAGCAGAGCUGGCAGGUGAUGAGAAAAAUGGCGAUGGAUCCCGCACAUUUGUUUUUAUGAACGAGGGCCAUACAUUGGGCAAUGCCUUAAAGACAAUCAUAGCUCGCUAUCCAGAGGUGGACUUUUGCGGGUAUACAAUACCACAUCCGACAGAACAGAAGCUACAUUUUCGCAUUCAAUCUCAUCGAGAGCGCGCCAUAGAUUUGCUUAAACGUGGCUUGGAGGAUCUGGAGUCGCUCUGCGAUCAUACAAUGGAUACAUUUGAAAAGGAAAUGAAUAGCUUUAAUGCCGCAAUUGCAGAGAGUACAUAAUAUAUAUAUUUAUAGCUUAAAU